AUGCCAUCUCAAAUGGAACAUGCCAUGGAAACCAUCAUGUUUACAUUUCACAAAUAUGCAGGGGAUAAAGGCUACUUAGUAAAGGAAGGCCGGAGAGUACUCAUGGAUAAGGAAUGCCCUGGAUUUUUAGAUCCUCUGGCUGUGGACAAAAUAAUGAAGGACCUGGAUCAGUGCCAAGAUGACAAAGUGGGCUUCCAGAGCUUCUUUUCACUAAUGGCAGGCCUCACUAUUGCAUGCCAUGACUGUUUCGUAGUACACAUGAAGCAGAAGAGAAGGAAGUAG